AUGGAAAGGCACAUACAGAUCCUGCUAAAUCGGCUAUCCUUCGCAUCAAUCACCAUCGCCACACUCACCCUCCUCAUCCUCUUCCUCCAGACCCCACAAACCUGCAUAACCCUCCCCCACCACCGAGGCCCCCACGCACACGGCCCACACCCAAAAUCCACCUGCGACUACUCCCACCGCCCCCGCACCACCCUCUCCAAGAAAAACCACCGCCUCUGGUCCACCAACAAAUGGCUCAAAACCGUCCAGUCCUUCUCCUCCCUCUUCCUCACCCUCAAAUCCCUCUCCCACCUCAACAACCACUCCCGCGUCCUCUGCGUCUCCGCCGGCGCCGGCCACGAGGUCAGGGCCCUAACCCAGAUCGGCGUCAAGGACGUCACCGGUGUCGAGCUGGUCGACUCGCCGCCGCUCGUGAGCCGAGCCGAUCCCCACAACCUGCCGUUCUUCGACGGGGUUUUCGAUUUAGGGUUUAGUGCGCACUUGGAUCAGGCGCUGUUUCCGUCGAGGUUUGCGGCGGAGAUGGAGCGGACGGUGAGGGCCGGUGGCGUGUGCGUAGUGGCGGUGGAGGAGUGUGGUGGGGAUGGGGUGAGAGAGGUUGCAGGGUUGUUUCGGAAAUCGAGGUUUGUUAAUGCCCAGAAUGUUAGCUUGGUUGAUUCCAAAAUGACGACGAUUAUAUUGAGAGUUACUGCACCUUCUUGA